AUGGGUAAGGACCCAGCCAGCCGGGUUUCUGAGGAGGAGGAAGAGGAGGGUUCAGAGGGUGGCCGGUCAGGGGAGCCGGGAGGCGGCGGGUCCCGCGGGGGCCGCCCCGGAGGAGCGACGGGAGGCGGGCCUCGGGGUGGCUCCGGAGGCGGCGGACCGGAGUCGGCGAGCUCCGACGGCCCCAGCGGAGAGGAGGCGGCGGGCGUAGAGCCCGGGUCGCCGAGGGGCGGGGAGACGGCGGUCCGCGAGGGUGGGGCGCCGGCGGCCCAGGAGGACUGGAGGCGGGCAGAGGGGCGGAGAGAGAGGGAAGGAGCGCUCGGGAAAGGCCCGCAACGGGAGGUCAGUAGUGGAAAGAGCCCGGGCCGGCGCAGCCAGGGGGAGAAGCAGGGCAAGCUCCGGGACGGGUACUGGGAGGCCUACUGGGAAAGGGGCAGGGAGCGCUACCGGCAGAAGAAAUCGAAGCGCAGGCCCAAGGGCGCGGGGCAGGUGCAGGUGCAGGGGGGCAAGGUCGAGUGGAAGUACCAGCUGGAGAGGAAGUCCAACUGGCUGCAGAGCACGGGAUUCGUGGAGUCUGUGGAGGAGGACAAGUCCUCGCCCUGCAGGGAGAGUCCCGACAUCUUCAAGGUCCGGGUGUCGGACGCGCAGUUCCGGCAGCCGGCAAUCAGAUUCAGUAUCUGCCCCAGGCCUUCUCGUCGCCUGUCGCAGCGGCCGGUUGGGAGCUGCCUCUCCGGCCUCAGCGUCAUGAACGAGCUAGCGAAGAUGGGUGACCCGAACCUCCUGGGGAUGGUGCAGGAGGAAGGGAGAGUAGUUACUAGAGAAAUAGAUCCCAGUCUACAAACAACAGAGGAAAGAAGAAAAGAAUUUGAGCAAAAUCUCCGAAAAUCAGGUCUUGAAUUGGAAAUUGAAGACAAGAGGGACUCUGAAGAUGGAAGGACUUACUUUGUCAAGAUCCAUGCUCCUUGGGAGGUAUUAGUUACUUAUGCUGAAGUAUUGGGAAUCAAAAUGCCUAUUCAGGAGAGUGAUGUUCCCCAAAAUGAGGACACUCCAUUGACCUAUAUGCUUUCGGCUGUGAAACUUCCAGCGAGUGUGAAGUAUCCUCAUCCUGAAUAUUUCGCUGCCCAGUUCAGCAGACAUCAUCAAGAGCUCUUCCUCAUUGAUGAUCCAUCAACUUUCUUUCCAUCCUCGGCAAGAAACAGAAUUGCCUGAAAAAUGAAACUUCCCAGCUAUGAAGACAGGAAGAGUUUCAGCAUGCUGGAUGGAAAUAAGACAAGCUCCCCCCAAGCAGGUUUCAGAAUGAAAAGGAGUUCAUAGGCUUGUCACCGGAAAGCCCUGGGCAGGCUAGGGCAUCAAGCUCAGCUUCCCCCCAGGGUCCGGGAGGCAUCAGCGCUUUGGAUCCGUUUUCUUCUUCUCCUGGUUCGUCAACUCUUCAUCAGACCCCAACCCCCGUGUGCCUGUGCCACUAUGGAAGCUGUGACUCUCCCUCCCUCCUCCCCUGGCCCAGGCUCAGGGAUCCGUCACUCUAUGCUCUACUUCUAUGAUGUCAGCCCUUCUGUGAUCCCCACACAGGGGAGAUGGCCCA